AUGAGGAUGAUGAUGAUGAUGAGAGAAGGAUCAUCAUCAGGAGGAGGGUUUAUAAUGAGCAGUAGUACAGGAAUGAGUACGAGAUGCCAAGACUGUGGGAAUCAAGCAAAGAAGGAGUGUGUGUAUAUGAGGUGUAGAACUUGUUGUAAGAGCAAAGGGUUUCAAUGCCAAACCCACGUUAAAAGCACUUGGGUUCCUUUGUAUCGUAGGCGUCAGAGACAGCAGCAGCAGCAGCAGCAACAACAACAACAACUUGUUAAUACUAGUAGUAGUAUUCAUCCACAAGCGCAACAUCUUCUUCAUCAUCAUCAUCAUCAUCAUCAUCAUCAAGGGCUCAACAGUAGUAACCCUAAAAGGCUCAGAGACAAUCUCUCUUCUGCAGGGUUAGGAGAUCAUGAUGGUGAUGGGGCAAAGAAUUUCCCAUUGGAAGUGAACGCCAUGGCGACAUUUCACGUGGUGCGAGUGAGCUCCAUGGUGGACGAUGGAGGUCCUGAUCAUCAUCAUCAGCAGCAGCAGUAUGCGUAUCAGACGAGUGUGGGCAUCGGAGGCCAUGUUUUCAAGGGUAUUCUUUACGAUCAAGGGCCUAAUCAUCAUCAUCAUGAUCAAAUCAGCGGCGCUUACUCUAGUCUCGGCGCAGCUGAUCAGAUCACCUCCUUUGCUCAGCAGCCUAAUUUUGUUAAUCUUAUGAGUAGUACCAGUAGAAGAUCAGGAUCAAGUGCAGUGGGUAUUGAUUUUAAUGCUCGUUCUUCAUCAUCACCACCAGCUGUUGCUAUAGGUCAACGGCCAUUAUUUCUCGGGUCUUCCUCAUCAUCAUCAUGGCCGAUGUUUCACCCUCCUAAUGGAUUCAGUAUGUCCGGUAUGCAAUUUUUCCCAAACAGAAAAUCUUAAGU